UGAACAGUUUGCACUUUUCUACUAGUGAUAUUUAUUUAUUUUUUCCUUUUCUCUCUUUCUAAGUUUUCGGGCCAGGGAAAGAGAAGGUCGUAGAGAAAAAAGGGCACUGGUGCUCAAAAGUGAAACUCGAAAGAUGCGAAGGACGCAGUAUUCGGAUCACGGAAGCUGAUCCUAAGCUACGGGAGGUAACCGCCAACGAAUUACACCCUCUCAGUCCGAAUAAUCUGCAACUUUCUGCAAACCAAUUGCAAAUAUCUACCCAUUUACGAAAAUAGAGCUAGAGUGAAGGCCACAUAUAUAAAGGUUGUUCUGAAUAGAAAAAAUGGAGUCCUGUGAUUGUAUUGAGACCCAGUGGCCUGCUGAUGAGCUCCUUGUGAAAUACCAAUACAUAUCAGACUUCUUUAUUGCAUUUGCUUAUUUCUCAAUUCCCUUAGAGCUGAUUUACUUUGUCCAAAAGUCAGCAUUCUUUCCUUAUAGAUGGGUGCUAAUGCAAUUCGGGGCUUUCAUUGUUCUCUGCGGUGCAACACAUUUUAUAAAUCUGUGGACUUUCUCUAUGCAUUCAAAGACAGUUGCUGUAGUCAUGACGAUAGCAAAAAUUGCAACUGCUGUAGUAUCAUGUGCAACAGCUUUGAUGCUUGUGCACAUUAUUCCCGAUCUUCUGAGUGUCAAAACAACUGAAUUACGCCUUAGGAACAAGGCUGAAGCUCUUGACAGAGAAAUGGGGCUUAUUAUGUCUCAAGAAGAAACCGGGAGACAUGUCAGAAUGCUAACGCAUGAAAUUAGAAGCACACUUGACAAGCACACUAUUCUUAGAACUACACUGGUUGAAUUGGGAAGGACUUUGGAGCUAGAGGAGUGUGCAAUAUGGAUGCCAUCAAGAAAGGGCAUGAACCUUGAACUUUCUUACACUUUAAACAACCUUAUUCCUGUUGGAUCUACUGUGGCCAUAAAUCUUCCCAUUGUCAAUGAGGUUUUUAAUAGUAGUGAAGCAAUACGAAUCCCACAUACAUGCCCUUUGGCACGGAUCCAACCUGUUGGAAGAUAUCUACCCCCAGAGGUCGUUGCUGUCCGAGUUCCUCUUCUACAUCUUUCAAACUUCCAAAUUAAUGACUGGCCGGACCUCUCAGCAAAAACUUAUGCUAUAAUGGUUCUAAUCCUACCUAUGGAUGGAAUAAGAAAAUGGAGGGACCAUGAAUUGGAACUUGUAGAAGUUGUUGCUGACCAGGUUGCUGUUGCUCUUUCUCAUGCUGAAAUUUUGGAAGAGUCUAUGAGAGCUCGCGAUCAAUUAGUGAAGCAGAAUGUUGAUCUUGAUUCUGCUCGACAAGAGGCCGAGAUGGCUAUCCGUGCUCGAAAUGAUUUCUUGGCAGUGAUGAAUCAUGAGAUGAGGACACCUAUGCAUGCCAUGAUGUCUCUCUCUUCUCUUCUUUUAGAAACAGAACUAAAUCCAGAUCAAAGAAUUAUGAUAGAAACUGUAUUAAGGAGUAGCAAUCUACUAGCCACACUUGUUAAUGAUGUUCUAGAUUUAUCUAGACUUGAAGAUGGUAGCCUUGAAUUAGAUGCCGAUGUCUUCAAUCUUCAUGAGGUCUUCAGAGAGGUAAUUAACUUGAUAAAGCCCAUUGCUUCUGUGAAGAAGUUACCUAUGACGUGGAUUUUGGCCCCAGAUUUACCCAUGUAUGCUGUUGGUGAUGAGAAGCGGCUUAUGCAGACUAUUCUUAACAUUGCUGGGAAUGCUGUAAAAUUCACAAAGGAGGGUUAUGUUUCCAUUAUAGCUUCUAUUGCUAAAUCAGAGUCAUUGAGAGAUUGGCGACCUCCUGAAUUUUAUCCCGUUUCAUGUGACGGACACUUCUUCUUGAGAGUACAGGUUAAGGAUUCUGGUUGCGGCAUUACUUCACAAGAUCUCCCAUAUGUUUUUACUAAGUUUUCGCAGUCUAACAUUGGUUCAAACAGAAUUCACACUGGUGUGGGUCUUGGACUUGCAAUAUGUAAACGGUUUGUGAGUCUCAUGGGAGGGUACAUUUGGGUUGAAAGUGAAGGAUUGGAGAAAGGAAGCUCAGUGACAUUUCUAGUCAAACUUGGGAUUUGCAACAGGCCAAAUGUAUCGACGGCUACACAACCAGUCAUACCUUUUGCAAGAGUUCAUCAAGGAAGUGCUGAUUUCAUUGGCUGGAGGCCAUUUCCAAAAGAGACGCCUCGCUAUCAAAGGAGUCUUUGAGUAGGAGGAGGGAUGACAUAAUAAUAAUAAUAAUCAUAAAGAAAAUCUAAAGCAUUCUGUUUCUUUCUCAAAAGAAGAAGAACCAUAUCAUCGUGUAAGUAUUGUUUUGUCAUUGGCUACCUUAACAAAGGGAUUAGCACAAAUGCUGCUAGCUAUUAUUGUAAGUUUUACAAACAAAUUGAAACAUGUUGAUAUUGCCCAUUGUCAUGCAUCAUCCCACAGAGUUUUAAUUUUUCUUAUU